AUGCCAUGCCAGGUCCUGCCCUGCCCUUUUGCCCUUGCCCUGUGUCACUUCUGGCUCAUGAACCCUGAAGGUCUGGAAGCCUGGGUCUUCCUAGACUGCCUGGACUGUCUGGACUGCCUCAUUUUCACCAUGAUGGUCGAGGUCGAUCGCUCUCCUUCCAUUCUGUCGACAUUCCUGCCUGUUGCUGCAGCUCAGCCAUCAUCAAACAUCAACCCAAUCAAUGAUGGGUUAUUGAGUCCCAAUAUCCUGUUGGUAGAGGUGACAGAUCUGGUAUACGUACAGGCUACGACUCAAGGUGGUGGUGGGAUGCUCAGCCGGUCUCAACCAGGCUACCACGGUAAUAAUAAUAGCUCCAGCACCAGUCCCUGGUUGCUAUCGCAAUCAUGGCGCCAGUCACCUUCCACCUCCUGCAGGCACAUCGAGAUACAGUACAACGAGAUCUACGACUGGGCUUAUGGAUAA